AUGCGACGAGUAAAAGAGGCCCAGAAUCGUGCCCGGAUGCUCAGUCUCGACAAUGCAAACAAUCACUUGCGGGCGCAAAUCGAUGCACUUCGUGGUCAACUCAAUCAUAUGCAUUUACUGCUUGUGGCUUCAAAAGUUAAUCACUCCAUAUUGUGA